AUGGGAAAUAUGGAUUUAGGCACAGAUGCAAAGAGGACUUGCAUAUUUCGUGUAGAAGACAAGAGCGGUAAGAUGCCAGAAAGACGCAGCGCAGUGGAUGAGAAAAUAAAUGCUUCAAUCAAGAUAAGUGACAAUCCAUUCGAUGUCCUAUCGCAGUCGCUAUACAGAAAGAGCGAAGCAAGCCGUGAAGAGCACCAGCCUAACCAUAGCAUGGUAGAGGACAACAUCUUCGAAGAACUCCUUGUAAAGAGCAGGGCAGAGCCGGCAAUAGAGGAGGAGAAGAUCCCCUACGGAAUAUUCACCUCGAUGAUCCUCAUGGCCGACAUGGAAAUACAUGCCCAAGACCAGAGGAUGUACAAGUUUCCGUUUGACCCGGAGACAAGAAAUGAUGGAUCUCAGCUCUUUGAAAAAAUGUACUCAGAAUAUCUGAUAGCAAUCAAGUCCGUAUUCAGAGAGUACAAGAGGAGCAAUAUCAGAUUCUACAUGAAGUUCAAACACGAGUUUUUGGUGUUCGACUCCUGCCUGAAGGUUACCUCUGGAAUGAGAAAAGAGCUGGCAAGAAACGAAAUCGAGUUUGAGGAUGAGGGGUCGCUCCUGAUAAUCCGAGGAGUAGAAGUAGCCCUGGCGUUUGAUUACAUAGUCAACGCUUCCUUAUCGCCAUCCUCUUGUAUUCCCUUCAUCCUUUCAGAGAGCCCGUUUGAGAAUGGAAUCCUGUUUUCUGUGAGGCUUCAGAGAAAGCACGCCAUAAGGGAGGGGAAAAGAAUACUCUACUCGUACGAGUUGCUUGGGCCAUUCUGGGCAGAUGACUACAAAGAGCUUGCUCGCUUCUGCAUCAAGGUUGUUUAG